AUGGUUUCGAAGAAAAAAGAGCUAGAGCACGAAGAAGAUCGUUCUUACCAUCCAGAGAUGCGUGGAUUAACGUUCUAUCUAGAUGAAGUAAAUACAAUAUGUGUAGACAAAGGCUCGAAAGAAAUCCAAAAGGAUCUCGAAAUAUUAGAGUUUACUAUAGACUGGAGUAACAACAUAUCAUGCAUGCAGAGAAUUCGAUUAAUUAUGCUUAGUUUACGAGACCGUACCAAGCCUUUAGAAAAGCUUAUCUACCAAGAACUCAAGAGUUUGAGAAUAUCUCUCGAUAAUAAUUCUGAAGUCACAGAAGAAGAAAAGUGGAAGAAAUUUCUACAGGAAUUAUGUCGAUUAUCCGAUCUACACACAAAAUAUAAGAUUGAAGGAAUAAAGCCUUUUGGAAAGUUUAAGGCGGGGAAGCACUUCAUUUGGUAUGCCCUCUUCUAUGAAAAGGUUAUUACCCAGCGUUAUGACUAUGAUAAGAUAGCCCGAGUAAUGCAAGAUAAUCCCGGUUAUUACCCUAUAGAGAUAAGGCUGAUCUGGAAGGAAGAAAAAGGUCUUACUUUGGCAUUGGAAAACUUGAAGAGAAUGUGUUUAAGCUUAGACAAGCAAACAAGAUUCGGAAACAAUAGGAAUAGGAAACUACGAAUAAAACAUAGCCAUGACAUGUGA